UGCUCUUUAUUUCAACUCAGCACAAUUUAAUGUGUCACUCUGAUGCCUACACAGUCCACAGUUUACCACAACAUUAACUGUAACCCAUUACAGUUAUUGGGUUACAGUUAACCCACCCAAAGAGGGUAACCCACUGAAGGCCAUUGCUGAAAGGGCUGGCUGUUUGCAGUGGUCCGGUUGGUCCAAAGCCCUCUUUUCAGAUGAAAGUAAAUUCUGCAUUUUAUUUAGAAAUCAAGAUCCCAGAGACUGGUGCAAGAGCGGAGAGGCACAGAAUCCAAAUGGCUUGAAAUCCAGUGAUGAUUGGAUUGAUUUGCACUGCGCUUACAAGGGAUGAGUUUCUGUGUCAAGUGAACAUUAAGUUUUUUGUCAUUUUGACAAUCCCGGGCAUUUGUGUAGACUUUACGUUCAAAUUUUGUGUCAUGGAUGGAUUGGGGUUUACAGUGGAGCACAUACCCCUAAAUUUGCAGCCUCCCAUCUCCGAGUUAUCCCAUUGGCCACUUAGAAUAUCUAUUUUGUAGGAAAUUAGCAAAGCUCAUCUUUUCAAUGUAGUUGGUUAAGACCCAUAUUGGGGCUACUAAAUACCUAAAAUGUGAUAAUAUCAGUGUAAUUAGAAGGUAUUUUUGUAUAAUCAAAUUACAAAUUACUUUCAUUUCAAUUAAAUACACUUUUUCAUACAAGUUCUUAGUGUUUUAUUUUGAUACAUUUACUGACCAAGUACACAUUUGUUUUUAUUCUAAAGGUGCUUUGUCGACACCAAGUGGCGUAAAUGAAGCAGUGCACCUUACAUAGCCUAAAGCGCUACUUCCCUGAGGUCACUUCCUGCCUUCUUCCUGUUUAUUUUUUCUAACUAGCUCCCCAUACAUGUAAUGCACCAGCAGCUCGUCAUUGAAUGAAAUAUCUUUUGUAUUGAACCGUCUUCGUUGUGUAUGGCAACAUCGGAACAAGCAGAAAAUUGCUAUUUUUCCUCGAAUAUGAAAUUUCUACUAAAAUCUGCUGAUGGCAGGUAGUCUGCCAGGAUGCUGCAUCCGUUUACACAGACAUCAAGUAUUAUUCAGUUGCCUGUUGGACUUCAAGUUCUUCCCUGUACUGAGUGAGCCAGCAAACGCAUGUCGCGAAUCAGGACCACACUCGACAGUGUCACCAAGGCAGUAGGCAGCACAGACCUCAUCUCCAAGUUCUCCCGCUUCAAGCCUGGCGGUCCCACAGUUGACAGCGCCCAUGCAGAGAAAGUUCUCGUCAGAGCUGAGAUCUUAACCUCUAACAGCACAGCUGCAGCCUCGCCACCUGAAGCCAUCAUGAACGAAGAAGAAGAGGGCGAGAGGAACACAGCGGAGGAUGAGUCAGAUAAGCAGAGGCAGCAAGUUACAGAACAUCCGUACAUUGCCACAAAGAAAUCCACAUCCAGUUUAGCUUCGGCAGCGAGUGUGUCUACGUCGAGCUCUUCCUCAACUGUCGCAAAACAAAGUAUUCAGCUGUUUCAACCAGUAGCUAUGUCCACUAACAUGGAUGAGACCUACAAAACUCUGGCUGAGCACAUCAAUUGUUACUUUGGUACCAGCAUGCAAGAUGGAGAAGGAGACAACAAGCAGCAGCAGCACGGAAAAGGGGAUGAUCCUGUUUCUGAGCCCACUCUCAGCGCCAUCACUCGGACAACUACGGAUCACAUUCCAGUUUUGUCUCCGGUGGCAGAGGCAAAGAGCACUGACACAACCACUACCUCUAAUCCCCCUCCCUGCCCAUCUCCAUCAGAAAAGCUCAGUCCUCCAGCAGCGACGCCCUCAUCUGACACCCCUGCAGCUCAGUCCACCCCUGUGCCUGCUAGCUCCCCUAAAAAAGGCUUCACCCACUAUCUUUCCUACCCUCGGCCCAGCGUCCAGGCAUUUGUGGGCAGCUACAUCGCACCCCUGGUCCCCAAAUUCAGAGGUGAUUCCAAAAGCGUCGCCGCUGAAAAAGACAAGUCUGCAGCAGUCGCCGAGGGAGAGCUCACCGUGGACAAGGCAGGAGAGAAAACUGAUAGCGAGGAGGAGAAAGCAGAUAAAGUGAAGCAACAGCAAAGAGAGAAGAUAAUAGCCAGGGUGAGUGUAGACAACAGGACCAGAGCCCUGGUGAAAGGCCUCCACAAAGUGAGUGACGUCAAGCUCCUCACUAGUCGAGUAGAGGAGCUCAGCUUUCACCUUCUAGAGUUCCCAGAGACACGAGGUGUAGCUAUCAAGGAGCACGCGCUGCCCUGCCUGCUGCGAUUGCGCCAGGCCAGAGACCUCCCUCUACAGGCUGCUGUGAGAGAAGCACUGGCCCUGGUUGGCUACGCCGAACCAGUCAAAGGCAGAGGGAUUCGGGUCCUGGCCAUAGACGGAGGUGGAACAAGAGGACUGCUGGCCCUGCAGACUCUCCAUAAGCUGCAGAACCUGACCGGCAAACGAAUCCACCAGCUGUUCGACUACAUCUGUGGAGUCAGCACAGGUGCCAUUUUGGCCUUCAUGCUGGGGAUUUUCCAGAUCCCCUUAGAGGAGUGCGAGGAGAUGUACAGGAAGCUGGGCUCGGAUGUCUUCAAACAGAAUGUCAUCGUUGGAACGGUCAAAAUGGGCUGGAGCCACGGUUUCUACGACAGCGAAAUAUGGGAAAACAUCCUCAAGGAACGGAUGGGUGAGGGGCGAAUGAUUGAGAGUGCCAGGGACCCAAAUUGCCCUAAGGUGUCAGCAGUGAGCACCAUUGUGAACAGGGGCUUACCUUUGAAGGCCUAUGUGUUCAGGAACUACAGACUCAUGCCAGGAGUGAGAUCCCACUACCUUGGAGACUGCAAUCACAAAAUGUGGCAGGCUAUCAGGGCCUCAUCUGCCGCCCCGGGCUACUUCCAGGAAUACGUCCUGGGUAAAGACCUCCAUCAGGAUGGAGGACUCCUGAUCAAUAACCCCACAGCCUUGGCCAUCCACGAGUGUAAAUGUCUGUGGCCUAACACGCCACUGCAGUGUGUGUUGUCUCUGGGCACCGGACGGUUCGAGACGGUGGGCAAGAACAGCACGGCCUUCACGAGCCUCAAGACCAAGCUCACCCACGUCAUCAGCAGCGCCACAGAUACCGAGGAGGUGCACACCAUGCUGGACGCUCUCCUGCCCCCCGACACCUACUUCCGCUUUAACCCCUACAUGAGCGAGGACAUCCCGCUGAAUGAGAGCCGCGUGGAGAGGCUGAACUUCCUGCAGGCAGAGGGGGAGCGCUACUUGGAGCGCAACGAGGCCAAGCUGAGGAAAGCGGCCAGCGUGCUCGCCCAGGAGAAAAGCACCAUCCAGAGACUGGCCGAGUGGGCCAAGCUCAAGGCCGACAUGUACGAGGGUCUCCCCUUUGCCUCCAAGCUGUAGUUAUUGGCUCACCGAACAGUGUGACCACAAGUGAGUUUUUAAGGUAAGAAAACCCCCAAGACCUGAUAGAUUAGUGGGGCGAGCUGGACACAUUUUCAAAGAACCUCGGUGGAACAAAACACCAAAUUAUUUGCCCAAGUUUUUAUCAUCAUCUACUCAACACUAAAAGGACUGUUUGAGAAAUUUAGAGCUAUAAUUAUUCAUUAUAGAAGACAAUACUGAACUGUAAAUAAGAGCUUGAAAUUAGAAAUGUAAUGUAAUUUAUUGUGUCUAUGAUAGAGACAGAGUUGGGUUCAUGUCUGGUUUUGCCAGUCCAGUCAGCUGUACAAGCUUAAACCGGUUUUAUUUUAAAUUACUACAGACAGUACGAGACAGCAGGCAAAAACACUGAUCUGGUAUUUGUCAUUAUGACACAUUCUGGCAAAUUAAAAAGUAGCCUACAUCAUCAACCUGUGCUGACGGCAUCAUGGUGCUAAAUCCACCUUGUGUUGCUUCGGUAAUACGCAGUAUGACGUUAUUAACAUAAUAAUAUGUUUGUUUAUAAACAGAGUAACGGAGCCGCUAGUGUCUGACAGACCUUGCACAGGGAGGAGAUCAAAUUUUAGCAGAGAUGGGAGGUGGAGGAGGGAGAGUGGCUUAUGUUGUCUUUGUUUACCAGAAAGUUUGUGUCUUUUUUUGGGGGGUGGGGGGGG